AUGGCGGAAUGGGAGGUGCCUGCUUCUUUAGGACCAGCCGAUGGUGAGGAAAACGCGUCGUCUCCAAUAGUGGUGCACUCUUUGGCUAAAGACAACACCUGCUUUCAGACUGUGGUGGUUCUUAACUGGGUUUCAAUUGAACCCCAAGGGUUCGUCAACAGAUCCUGCGAGCACUUGGAAUGCUACAUGGUCCUGACCACCGCGGAGAAGACAGCUAUCGGCUCAAUCUGUUUCCUGGCUGGUCCCGUCACAUUGUUGGAGAACGCCCUCAUUCUGGGCUUGAUUGCGGCCACUGCGUCCUUGCGCCAGCGUCCCUCUUAUCUCUUCAUCGGCAACCUGGCGCUGGCAGACGUCUUUGCUAGCUGUUUCUUCACCACCAGUUUCCUGGAUUUCCACCUGUUCCAGCGAAGUGACGGUCCGAUCGCCUAUCUCUUCAAGCUGGGUGGCGUCACCAUGGCAUUCACCAACUCAGUGGGAAGCCUGCUGCUGACCGCCCUGGAUCGCUACUUGUGUAUCCACCGUCCGUCCAGCUACAAGACGUUGCUGACCCGCCGCCGAGCUCUCCUGGGGCUACUCGUCCUCUGGAGCGCUACUGUUUUCAUCUCCUUUUUACCGCUGAUGGGCUGGACGUGCCAUUCUGGGUUGGGUUCUCCUUGCUCCCGCCUCUUUCCCUACAUCAGUCGGGGCUAUCUGGCCUGCUGGACCAGCUUCAUUUUAGUCCUCCUGGCACUCAUUCUUGGGGCUUACGUCUUGAUCCUGUGGAAGGCUCAUCGCCACGAGGCUUCCAUGUGCGUCCUACAGGGAUCAACAGGGGCAGGACACGCCCGAAUGAGGAUGGACAUCCGGCUAGCGCGCACCUUCGGCCUGAUCCUGCUCACCUUGGUGGGCUGCUGGCUUCCGGCAUUGUCCUUCAUGUUGGCUGACGUGGCUGUGGUGCUUAGCCUCGCCCAGCAGCGGGCCUUUGCCUUCUGCAGCACUCUCUGCCUCCUCAACUCGGCCGUCAACCCCUUGCUGUACGCCAUGCGCUGCCGAGAGCUCAGACUCGCCCUGCUGCACCAGCUCAAGGUCCUCAGUCAGGCCGCCAGGUGUAAAAAGACCACCACGGGGGAUUCGGACGCACGACCACCAUCAAGAGAGAAAUGUACCAUGGUGGAGAUGCCCAAAAGCUCCCAGUUUUGCUCAGUUUUAGAACAAUGA